AUGGAGGCUGGGGAGAGGACUGAUGCCAGCCAGCUGCCUCAUGGUGUGCUAGAAACACGUGGCCAUGCCAUUAGCAUCCUGUUCGGCUUCUGGACGAGUUUCAUCUGUGACACCUACAUAGUCCUCGCUUGGAUCAGCAAGAUAAAAGACAGCCCUGGUGUUAGUGCCUCCUCUGAUGAGCCACACACCAGAAUCCAGCAGAGCAGAAGGCAAUGCCACGCAGAAGAGGACCCAAGUCAGGUGCCAGAAGCAGGUGACAUCUCCACUCUCAGUUCUUUGGAGGCAGCUAUUUUAAUAGCACCACUUUACUGCAGCUAUUUUGACAUGAGGAUAUUUUGGUAUGGCUCAAAAAUUCAGCUGAUAAAUGUUCAGCUUUUUAAAAAAUAAAUGAUGAGUAAAACAGGCAUCUUGCAGGCCAUCUGUGAGCUUUGCCUCAACCUUGAUCUUCACCCCAUUGUCAAUCUUACCUCCAGGCAUCAAGGGUAUAAGGAUUGGGAACAGAUGAAGGAAAGGACUGGUAGAGGUUCAAAAUGAAAGAAAUAGCAGGUCAGGACCCCAGGAGGGUUGAGGGUCUUUUAAAGUAAAACAAAACAAACAAACAAACAAAAAACAAGGUCAACCAAAUUCAGAAAUCAGGUAGAAGUCAGAGAAGGAAUGAAAGAUGGGAAAUUGGUUAUAAACCAAAUACAGCAAGUCUGAAUUUUGGCUUGUUUUGAGGCUGCUGUAUCAAAACAGUUGUGUUGGAAGAGCUGCAUGAAAUUGUUGGGCAAGACAUAAUCCACUCAUGAUUCAGAUGAGCUCAUUUUGCCUCUUCCAUGGUCAAUUUCUGACUCAUAAAUGUCUAUACAUUUCACUUUACGGCUUGUGUGAGCCUCAGUUUCCCCACAUAAAAUGAAGAUGAUGAUGCCGGCCCUUCCUCUUUCCCCACCUUUUGCUCUCCCUUCAAGUGACAUGAUGAAGAAUGAACCAGCAUCUUGUAAACUGCUCCAGGCCACCUGGAGAAAUGUGCUUGCGUAAAUAGUCAGCAUUAGUGUACGUGAGUCUUCUAUGAGUAAAGAAUUUCAGAGUCGGCAGCCGUCUCUGCCUGGUGAUUCAUGUGGGCACAAUGAUGCCCUUAGCUACAAUGUAUGGUGUGGGUGAUGAAUUUGUUCUUGUCAUGGCAGAGGACUGAGUAUUCUUUACCCAAAUGCUACAGAUUGAGUUUGCACGUGGGAACUAGAUUAGCUCUGAAGAGAGCUGAAAGGAACCUGACAUUUCUGCCUGCAAUCUAGAGCUUCAUUGUACAAACAACCGCAGCAGCAUGUUUGUGCCCAACCAUUGGCUUUCCUUUGCCAACAAAGAAAAUCUUCUAAAUUAUUCUGCCAUUUGUCAAACCUGCCAAAGUCCCUGGAGGCAGUUCUGGUAUAACUGAAGGUGGUGAAAGAGAAUAUUCUCUCUACCAGGUUUCACUACUUCCUGUGUUGGUUGUUCACAAGGGGAGAGCUUCUGCAUCACAGGAUGAAGCUUCAGUGAUUUAGACGUGGAAUAUCCUUCCAGGAUUAGGGCAAGGAGGCCCCAGCCUCCAGAAGCCUGUCUUGCAGCUUACGCAUGGCUGGGCAGCAGCCUUCCUUUGAGCCUUCAGGGUGGAAAUGAAGGACACGUGUGUCUCUGCAGCACUUCCGGUUUGGCUCAUCCCUAUUUUCAGAGCCAAAGCGCCAUCUCCUCUGGUACAGUUAAUCUUUGUUCCUGCCACUGACCCAUCUGUCUUUAUUACUUUUCACCACGUCCUGGCCUUCAGAUUUCUUAUGGAUUUCUUUCUCAGGCAUUGUGUUUUGAUUCCCUCCUCACAUUUACUUCCAAGUGCCAAGAACAACUCUGUUCCGGCAGGAGGAUAUUAUUUGGCUUAAAAGGGAGAAUGAGCAGUGGCUUCUCCCCAUCAGCAUUCUUUAGGUUUACAUGGGAAUUCAUUCUGGGCACCAUUUAGAGUCUCCUUCAAGCCUCUCCCCGACUGACAAAGUUUCUGUCCCAGAGAGUUCCUUUGCUUCCAUUGUUUCUAAAUGGAUGAUGAGAACCUUUCUUUCUGAGCCUGUGUAGAAGGGCUCAACACCCUUCCCCUCGUUACUCCCCAGAGAUCUUGGCUGAGCUCACAAUGAAUACACAUUGGGUAUUGUUACCAUUGUUACAGACUUCAGCAUCAACUCCAGUAUUUGAUGGUCCAAUAAACCUUGAGUCCUCUUCAAGAACUGUUAGUUUUUCCCACCUUUGAGAACCACACUCACCUUUUAGGGCAGCUCUUCCUGAGUG